AUGCGCAAGCUUAUGCUAAUUGAGCCGGACAAAGUGGACAAGGAUUCUACUGAACUGGUUGCGAAACUCCAGUCAAUCGGUGUCGACGUGAAUAUCACCCCUUGUAGCCUAAAGGAGACAUUAUCCACAGAAACUGAACCAGGAUUGAUGUUGGACACAACAAACGGUAACGGCACUGAUGAUCAGAACUCGAUGAUCAGGUCAAAGGAUCCGCCAAUUCUCACGCUCGAUCGGUUAACUGAGGUUCGCUCUCCAGGUCUUCUUUGGCUUCAAAUCACAUAUGACAAUUUCAAUUUGGAGCAAGUGUUGAAAGAAUUACUCCCGGAUCAUGUGGCUCCAGUCACUGGUUUUACCAUCAUGGGCCAUGUAGCUCAUUUCAAUCUGAAACCGGACGCUUUACCGUAUCGCCAUGUGAUUGGUCAAGCUGUGAUCGAUAAAGUGGCCAACAUUCGCACUGUGAUCCACAAAGCCGCCAAUAUCGCGUCCGAUUUCCGAACAUUCGAGCUAGAUUUAAUGGCAGGUGAACCGGACUAUGUCACCUCGGUCACGGAGAACCAAAUCGUGUAUCAUCUGGACGUCUCCAAAGUGUAUUGGAAUUCACGUCUGGGUAAGUGUAUUCUGAACUCGGCUAUACCGGUAAUCCUUGUCACAGGAGAGCUCAUUGAAUCGAUUGAUUGGCAAAGAAGUUGUUUUUCCAUUGCAUUAUGUACGUUAAUUUUUACAUUUUUCUAA